AACGCACUUCCGUUCCAGUAUCUUGAACGAAACGAUAACCUAUUAAAAAGAAAUUAACGUUAUCGACGACAAAAUGACGUAAGUUGUCUGUUCCUGGCAUGGGUAUCUGUUAGGGAUUUCUGUUUCUGAGAGCACCUCUACAGAACGUAUGCACACCUAUGCACCUAUGCUAACACGAGGGAUUGAUGAUUUAUUCUAAAUCAACAGGCCGCACAGAUGCCAAGAAAGCGAUGGCCGGAUAUAAUUCAAAUGUUAACCAUAACUAUAUGAGCAUUUUGGCGGAAAUGGCUUAAGUCGGUAUGACCAAUCUAACAUUGUUGAUGUCCAGCUGGCACAAAUAACUUCCUCAGAAUGUUGGCGGGAAUGACAGAGCGUCGUUAUGACCAAUCGUCCUCUAUUAACCAGCUGCUCCUGGCUGCAACAUCGCUCGAUACUUCACGAUUGCGUGCACUGCUUGAUGCAGGUGCAGACGUGAACGCCCGGAACGAGGUUGGACAGACGCCUCUCCUGUCGGCAUCCCUUAACAACAUGGUAGAAUCGUGUCGUCUGCUCCUUGAAAAAGGUGCGGACAUCAAACACAGUGAUGUCGGUGGUUAUACCGCUUUACACCUGACCCAAUCGGCUGAAGUGUCCGAGCUAGUUUUAUGCCAGGCAAGUUUUCAAGACAGAAAAGAUGAAAUCGUCAAUAUGCGAACCAAAGAAGGAAGGACACCAUUACACGAGGCAGUCUUGCAUGGGCCGUUAGACCGCGUGACUUUUUUACUUAAGCACAAUGCUCUUGUAGAUGCUGAAGACGAAGACUUGACCACCCCGUUGCAUUAUGCUUUUAGUGUUUGGGACAAAUCCGAGGAGUUGAUACAAAUAAUUGAACGAUUACUUGAAGCCGGAGCUGAUGUUAAUAGACAAACUGCCUUCUUGAAAACCCCGCUGCUUUUGGCAUGUUCUCAGCAAGCACUUGGCGCGGGCAAACCAGGCAUCAAUAUACUAUUAAACUAUGGAGCAGACCCCACCAUUACCGACAUUGAUGGUAACACAGCAUUACACGCCCUUCUGCAAGGAGACGAUUUAGCACUAGGCGUAACACCGCCGGAAGUUGUUGACAGACUUGCCAAAGUUGCUCCAGAAAUUCUUAACAGUAGUAAUAAAUACGGGGAACAUCCGAUUCAUUUAGCAUGUCGAAGAUGUGUUGAUGACGAUUUUCACCUCGUACGUCAUUUGAUUAACCUUGGAGCGGAUGCAUUUGCCCGUGACACCAUGGGAAGAAACUUACUGCAUCUGUGUUGUCUGUAUGGGAAAGAUGAGGAAAACGCCAUCAUGGCGGACUACCCUACUCUUCCAAAUGAAGUUGAUUGUCGCGGCAGAACCGUUUUACAUUAUAAGGUCAUACUCACAAAGGAAGUGCCGCAAAUUGAGAAGAUUCUUCAACUGGACGGAUUCAGUAAAUAUAGUGUCUCGGACGCGUUCGGGUUAACAGCUUUCGACUAUGCAGCAAAGAAAGGGCAUGUGAAAAUGAUUGAACUGUUCAAGAAGUACGGCGACAACUCCAAAAUACCAGUUGCCGAUGGUAAGCCUGUCCAAGGAGAUGAGACAACCAUUGAUCGUCUGCUUUCCCCAAUUGUUGUGGAGGCAUUUGACGAUGUGCUUCCCGAGUCUUUACGACCAAUACAGGACGCAGACACAUUUUUAAAGGAAAUUUGGGAAGCUGGAUCUUCGCCAACAAAGAACACUAAGCUCUUCAAUGAGUGUAAAUCGGUUGUGGAAUCCUUUAUGCACAAUGUGGUUGAUCUUAUGAGAGAAAAGGAUGAAAGGUUUUCUGGGACGUUGAUUCAGAAUGGUAGUUCGUAUGAAGGAACCAAGAUCGGGUUUGCUGAUGAGUACGACUUUCUUUUGCAGCUUGAUGAACUUAGUAAUGCUUGCCGGCCCAUUGAAACAGGAAAUGACCCACCUGGUUACGCGAAAGUUGCGCGCAUUCCCCGACAAGAGUUGGGCAAGUAUGAGGAUCUGUUUGAUUCUGAAGGAAUCAUAAAAUGUGAAAAGAUCAUGUCCCGCUUUAGUCAGAUAGCCAUGGAGGUCAUGCACGACCCUCGUGUCUGGGAAUCCAGUGGCCUUGAUUUCUUACCACGACUUUUCAUCAAAUGGAAAGGUCGUCCUUCACUAACGAUUACGUGUACACAGCGUCGUCCUUGCACGGUAGACUUACUCUCUAUUGAUUUUCUUCCGGCGUUGUAUUUCAAGAACUGGUUGCCUUGCUGCACACGUGACGACAUGGUGCGUCAGCAGGACGACGUGAGAAACACAGGGUGUCAUAUGAUCAUUAAACCAGCUGAUGUACCGUAUUAUCAGCAUGCGCAGUUCGGAAUGCCACGUCACUUCCUGCGAAUUACAUUUUCAAGAGCAGAAACUGUGCUCUUCAAUACUGUCCCGGCGUUCAUCAGAAAGAGCUACAUGAUUGCUAAACAUCUUGUCAAAAGAAAUGCUCGGAUUCCUCUCAGUAUUUUGUUCGACACCGGUGAUCUACAUGAAAGAAAAGCGACCAUUAUUGGUAAACACAACAUAAAUUCGUACUAUAUCAAACAAUGCUUGCUCAAAAAGGUGAUGGAUGACUACCCGGUGUCACCUCCAUGUUUAGACGAAGAGGAACAAUCUCUGAUGACAAGAUGGGUUCGAACAAUUUUUAAAAGCAUUCACAAGUCGUAUGAGGAUGGAUAUCUGCCAAGUGCUUUCAUGCCGAGCCAAAAUCUGUUGCACACAUUCAAACCGGAUCCUAGCAUUGAUCGGAUGCGACACAUACUGUUUCAGCUUGUCAAUCACAGCAUUGUACAAGAAAGCGUUGCCGCGACAAUCACACGCGGAGAGUACAACCAGCGAGAUCCCAGUGACCGAGAGAUGAGGAUGGAUGGUAAACUCCAGCUCCUCAAACGGCUGUUGUAUGGACCGCAGGAUCGAAAUUAAAUAAAACCAUUAUAAGUCACGAUAAACAUAUCAUUUAACUGGACUGCAGGAAUGAGUAAUAUGUCAAAGCAUGUGUAGGUUAAUUGAAGGCAGGGAAAUAAACUUCGAGAUCAUAUCCCAUGUUGCUGAUCGCCAGUAAAAUUGUCUGGAGACUGCUACUCUAUCGACUUGACAUAAUAUAUCCGAUAUUGAGCUACAGUUCCCGUUGUUAUGAUACCGGCACUAGUAACGGAUAUUGGUCCUAUAGACCACAGGACGAAGCCCAGUUUCAAGUACUUGUGACAGAAAUAGUUUCUCCUCAGCGCUGCAUUGAUGUCGUCAUUUUGACGUUUAUAUCAACUGGCCUUGAAAGUUAAGAUGAAAGCUAAAUAGUGUAGAUAUACUUAUUAUGUGGGUGUGAGAACUUAAGGGCUGCGUAGGGAAUAAAGUCCUAUUAUGUUGUGAAUAGUUCUGCUGGUACAGGUAGGAGGCUGUAUUGUGUAAUAGCGUGUGGGAAGGAGAAUUAACAGGUGAUCUUGUUAACAGAAACUGUAUAUUAGUAUAGGUGUGUGGCUGCGACUUGUUCCGGGGUCAUUGGGAUUGAGUGAGGUGCUAGGAUCUGUUGUAGAGAAGGAUGAGCCUAGACAUGAUGGUGUAUAAGGUUAUAGAGUAGGGUGAGCCUAGAUAUGAUGGUGUAUAAGGUUGUAGAGUAGGGUGAGCCUAGACAUAAUGGUGUUUAAGGUUGUAGAGUAGGAUGAGCCUAGACAGGAUGGUGUAUAAGGCUGUAGAGUAGGAUGAGCCUAGACAUGAUGGUGCAUAAGGUUGUAGAGUAGGAUGAGCCUAGACAUGAUGGUGUAUAAGGUUGUAGAGUAGGGUGAGACUAGACAGGAUGGUGUAUAAGGUUGUAGAGUAGGUUGAGCCUAGACAUGAUGGUGUAUAAGGUUGUAGAGUAGGGUGAGCCUAGACAUGACGGUGUAUAAGUUUGUAGAGUUGGAUGAGCCUGUUUGUUAGUUUGCAUGAUUGUAUUGGGUGCCAGCCUAGUUUGCCCAUCAGCAUACCUGGAACUGAGCUUGUAUUGUUUUAUAUGUUUUAUAUGUAUCGUGCUGCUUUGUGUUAUAUUUCCUUUAUUUUGUUUAUAUUUGCUUUGUAUGAAAGUUAUAUUUAAUAUGUCAGGAGUAUGUUAAAGGUUGUGUUUUAGAAUCCGUACAGUCAGUUUGAAUUGGAGGUGACGUUGUUGGUGUGUUUGACUUUUUUUGUUAUGGCGUUUAUGCUAGGUAUCUGUUACUAUACUAUACAGCUAUUAUACAUAUUUUAUCUCAUAUUUUGAA